AUGGCUCCCAACUUCGAUGAGACAACCAAGGCCAGCGAGCUCGUGCCGUUCUAUGCCACGAAAGUCAUUGGCAAAACCAUCCUGGUCACCGGAGUCUCUGCUGGCAGCUUAGGCGAGAGCUUUGUGAAGCAGGUGGCUGUUGGCAAACCCGCAGCCUUCAUUCUCGCUGGGCGCUCUCCGAACAAGUUUCAGUCUCUGGUUGAUGAGCUGGCAAGCGCACACCCAGAAAUUAAAGUCAAGUCUCUAGCGUUAGACUUGACGUCUCUCGCUCGGGUUCGCAAAGCUGCUGAGCUUGUGAAUUCUUGGGAUGAUAUCCCGCAUAUCGACGUUCUGGUCAACAAUGCUGGGAUCAUGGCGGUGCCCUACCACCUGACCGAGGACGGCUUCGAAAGUCAACUGCAGACAAACCACCUUAGCCAUUUCCUCUUUACCAACCUUAUCAUGGAAAAGAUUCUUGCUUCUCAUGUGCCCCGAAUCGUGCUUAUCAGCAGCAUGGGUCAUCGCCAAGGCCUCUUUCGAUGGGAGGACUACAACUUCAGCAAUGGAGAGCUUUAUGAAAAGUGGGCUUCAUACGGCCAGUCUAAGACGGCCGUCUCACUGACUGCUCUCGCCCUCGCCGAGAAGCUUGGCUCCAAGGGUCUCCUGUCGUUUAGCGUUUGUCCGGGUUCUGUUGGAACCAAUCUUGGCGCCCAUGCUGCAGACCAAUUCGCCGAGUUUGUGAAGAGUUUCCAGGCUGCGGAUGCUAAGAUGGGCAAUAAGUGGAUGUCCAACCAAGAGGUUCGAUAUAAGGAUCUGGACGAGGGUGCCGCCACUCACGUCUUCGCUGCGUUUGACAGUGGAAUUGCGAAGAACAACGGGGCUUUCCUGAACCAUUCUCGCCUGGCUGACCCCUUCGCACAGGAGGUCUUCCCGUGGGUGACUGAUAAAGCUUCGGCGGAGAUGCUUUGGAAGCUCAGUGAGAAGCUUGUUGGCCAGGAGUUCAGCUACUAA